CAUUGCCGGAGACCGAGGAAGCUCCGCGGCUCAGCGUCCGAGGCCGUGGCGACGACAAUAAUGAACAACGUGCUCACUGCCCAUGGCAAGCGAUGGAACUGGAGCACCGGCGCUUUGCUCACCGCCGCCUUCGUAAUGACCGUGCCCACGCUCGUCAUCCUCCUCGGCGGGGGCACUACUGGCACGCCGGCGGUCUGGGUUAGGACGGCCAUGGCCAGCUUACGGCAAGGUCCGGGCGACAAUCUUCACGGCGGCCUCUUGGUGGAAGGAUUCGACCAGGAGUCGUGCCACAGCCGGUACCAAUCGGCCAUGUACCGCCGAAACCCCGGCAGGCAACCUUCCGAGCACCUCGUCUCCAAGCUGCGGCGGCACGAAGCCCUGCAGAGACGGUGCGGCCCUGGCACCGCCGCCUACAGCGAUGCACUAGAGCAGCUCAAGUCCGGCAAGAACGCCGCGUCCCCAGAGUGCAAGUACCUGGUCUCCAUCUCGUACCGCGGGCUCGGGAACCGCAUCCUCGCUGCCGCGUCGGCGUUCCUGUACGCGCUGCUCACCGACCGCGUCCUCCUCGUCGAUCCCAGCAACGACAUGGGCGAGCUGUUCUGCGAGCCGUUCCCCAACACGUCGUGGCUGCUGCCGCCAGGGUUCCCGCUCUGGAGCUUCAACCAGGACACCCCGGAGCGCUACGGCAGAAUGCGGGAGAACGGCGUGCUCAGGACGGACGUGUCGAACGGCGGCUCCCCGGCGAAUUCGAAGGCCGCGGAUAUGCCGGCGUUCGCGUACAUUCACCUCGACUGGAACCAGACCGACCACGACCAGCUGUUCUUCUGCGACGAGGACCAGCGGCUGCUGUCCAACUUCCAGUGGCUGGUAAUGAGGACGGACAGCUACAUCGUGCCGGGCCUGUUCCUCGUGGACACGUUCCGGCAAAAGCUCGCCACGCUGUUCCCGGAGCCGGACGCCGUGUUCCACCACCUCGGCCGCUACCUGUUCCAUCCGACCAACCACGUCUGGGGCCUCGUCACGCGCUACUACAGCGCGCACCUAGGGUGGGCGCAACGCCGGGUCGGCAUCCAGGUGCGCGUCUUCCCCAGGUCGCCGGAGUCGCCGGAGCUCCUGGAGCGGAUCACGAAGUGCACGCAGAAGGAAGGGCUGCUCCCACGAGUGGUGGACACGGAAGAGCCGGCCGUGACGGCAGCUCCGCCGACCGGCGCCGGAAGAGGUGUCAAGUCAAACGCCGUUGUGAUCACCUCCCUCAAGGCCUGGUACUACGAGCAGAUGAAGGGCAUGUACUGGGAGAACGCGACGGCCGGCGGCGAGGUGGUGGUCGUGAGCCAGCCGAGCCACGAGGAGUACCAGCACUACGGCGUCAAGUCCCACGAGUACAAGGCGUGGGCGGAGAUCUACCUGCUGAGCCUGACGGACUUGCUGGUCACCACCGGCAAGUCAACGUUCGGGUACGUCGCGCAGGGGCUCGCCGGGAUGAGGCCGUGGGUCCUGCUCGGCCAGGCGAAUGGCACAGCCGGGAACAACCGGCCGCCGUGCAGCCGGGACGUAUCCCCGGAGCCAUGCUUCCAUAUCGCGCCGCUGCAUGACUGCAAGAGACGGAGAGACUCCGGCAAGAUCGUGCCGCAUGUGCGGCACUGCGAGGACGUGCCCACGGGAUUGAAGCUUGUCGACCGAAAGGAAUGGUGAAAAGGACAGUUGUAGGACACCAAGCAUGGCAACAUUCUGGUGACAUUUUAUUUUGGGCCUGGCGCACACAAUAUCGGAUGUUUUAAGUGACCCUAACACUCAGAAUUUGUAGCCAUCAGAUUACCAACGGCCGGUUGAGGAUAUCGUAAUCAGGUCU